CAGCACAGUCCGGUCACAAGAGGGGUCCCGGGCUCUGCGUCACUACUCAGGUUGAGAUGAAUGGAGCUCGCACUGCGGGUUUCCUGGAGCAUCAGUUUGCUGAAUAAAUGUCAGUCUUCUUCAAUGAGCGUGUGACGUCAACACGAAGGGAAUCUCCUAUAUAAACGUUCUGUAGCCCAGCCUUUCAUUCAUAAUCUUUUACAGACAACUACAGAGAGGAUUUACUUUCACGGUUUGUAUGCAUGCCGGAAAUAGUGUUGUGCCGCAGCAGUUACUCCUGUCAGUUUUGCCAGACUACUUGUAUCAGAGGAAGCUACAAAACGGACCAAAAUACAGAAAGCGCAGGUUAUUGCAUUUUGUAGAAACGCUCGGCGCAUCUUUUUGUUGUAAGACUUUUGCAUAAAUAAAAAGGUAUUUACAACCUGCAGGUUCAUUCAACACAUCGGUGGGUUUUGGUCAGCUGGAAAACAGAGCAAAUGAAUGGGAUGCACAGACUAUAAUUAACAGAUAUACUGACGGUAUACGUGUACCUGGUUGCUACUUACUACAUGAUGUAACUGCUGUGCUUUCAACUCUUCUUCGGGUCACUAUAACCUAACUGUCACGGGCAUCAAAUACCAUAAACCAAACCAUAAGUAGUUCAGUGGCUACAACGGCUGUUCAGUUUGCAAGCGCGGUUAAAUGACGGAUCGGUUCUAAAUAAAGUGCAAAAAGUACUGUUGGCAUAUGAUUUAGCAUCACAAGGAAUUCUACAAGAAACUACUCAUUCCUUUAUUUCCGAAGAGAGCAUCGUAGUAAGCAUUUCCAACAGUAAUCGACUUCCAUUCAAAGUCGGAUUUUGAGUGUCCGGCACCGGAUUUUGACUUCUUCUCUAUUCUGAGAUGUAUCAUGGGUUUCCUGGAGGUGCUGGAGACUACGACACAGCGUCCCGGUGCAGCUCGUCCCCAUCAGGUGAAUACCUUUCUUCCGUGGACUCCUUUGGCAGCCCUACCACCAGUUUGGCACCUCAAGAGUGUGCAAGUGUUAGUGAAAUGCCCAGUUCUUUUGUCCCAACUGUCACUGCCAUAACAACCAGUCAAGAUCUACAGUGGCUUGUACAGCCAACUUUGAUAUCAUCUGUUGCACAAUCACAGCCUCUGGGACAGACCAUGUCUCAUACUCCUGCCCUUGAUAUCUAUGACCUUCCAGGGACCAGCUACUCAAGUCCUGGAAUGACCACAUCUGCAACUGGUGAAAGUUCUGUGCGAGUCACCCGCAGUCGACCAAGAAGAGCCCAUGAUGAAACGCUCACCCCAGAAGAGGAAGAGAAGAGAAGGGUGCGCAGAGAAAGAAAUAAAUUGGCUGCCGCUAAGUGCCGUAAUAGGAGAAGAGAACUGACUGAUCGACUUCAGUUGGAAACUGAUCAACUAGAAGAAGAGAAAGCCGAGCUGGAAGCAGAGAUCGCAGAUCUUCGGAAGGAGAAAGAACGUCUUGAGUUUGUCUUGGUAGCACACAGACAGAGCUGCAAAAUUCCAUAUGAAGAGGUUCCAGAUCCUACAAUCCAAGCAAGCCCUUCAGUCAAGGUGAGCACUUUGAGAUCAAGUAUAAAAGAGGACCUUUUUGGACCAAUCACUUACCCAACUGCCCCCUCACCAUAUCAGCAGAACAUUGGUACCUCUGUUCAGGGAAUGGCAUCAGUGGAGGUAGCAUUUUCUAGUUCUUUCUGUGCACACAGUGAACCUCUAAGUGACCCAUACCCUUCAAGUUCCUCAUAUACAUCUUCAUUUGUGUUCACCUACCCAGAGGGAUCCACCUGCGGCGCCACUCACCAGCGGAACAGCAGCAGCGACCAGUCCUCCGACUCUUUGAGUUCUCCGUCACUGCUUGCUUUGUGAAAAAACUUCCAGAAAAAUGACUUCUACAGCUUCGACUGCUACUACAGUACUCUCACUGCCAUUAUAAACUCGUUUCAAAAGGAUCAGUGGCAGGUUUAAAGAUGACCUCAUGCUAGCUUGAGGAAUCGUACAAAACCAUAGUGGGAAAAGAGAUGUGUACCUCAGACUGUAUUUGGUAUGACAACUUUUGGUUGCCUAUUUUUAUUUCCCUCUCUCCAUUAACUGUUUGUACAGUAUUUGAACAUUUUUGCAGAAUAUAGCACCUGACCUAUGUUUUUCUAAACUGUUUUACAUAAGCAAUGGCUUUGAGUAGCUGAUAAUUAUUUAAAAAUAAAUUAAGGAGGUAUUUUAUCUGCUUUGUAAGUAUAGUAUAAACAUUUACCACAUGGUGAUGCAGCUUAUAUUUAGAUGUUGCUAAUUCUUCUGAAUAGUAUGUCAACUGGCUGGUGAGUUCUUUUAGAAAGGAAUGGAAGGGGGACAGUGCCCAUGUCUGAGAUUUAGAUGUGUGUAGCCUCAUCCUUCCAUUGCCCUACUGACCAGACUUAAACUGUAGAUUUUUUUUCUGAACACUAGUUUAUAUUCAGCCAUAUCCACUUAUCAAGGAAUAUCAAGACUCACAAAUAUCCUCCAUUUUCCUUGCUUGUUUGAACAAAUGUUCGUCAUGCACCAGUGGUUGAGAGUCUGACCACACUCUGUAUUCUGGCUACUCAAUCACAUUUAUUUGAUAGACUAGUGGGUAAUUUGUGUUCAUUUUUGAACUAUAUGUGUUGUGUAGUGUUAUAUAUUGUUCCAACAGUGAAGCAGAUUAGAUAAUAAAUCAUUUGCAAGGCAUUGUGUACCCAGACCACUACAGCUGCCUUCUCUGUUAUGUUAUCCUAAACUAGAAAAGACAAAUUGUCUUAAAUACUGUGAACUAAUAUUUUCAUAAAUGGUUGGGAACAAACAGAUGUCUAGAACAGAAAAACACUGCUCUUAUUUUGUCAAGAUGUCAAGAAACCUGUUGAUGAUGAGGAAUGUCUGCAUUUCAGCGUGGUGUGGUGAUGGUCACUGCUAGCUUUUCCUGACACACUCAUGCCUUUCCCUAACUGGCAGGGCCAGAAGCUGGUAACUUUGAUUAUUAUAUUAAGAUGAGCAUUUAGAAAUGAGAGAGUGUGUGUGUGUGUGUGUGUGUGUGUGUGUGUGUGUGUGUGUGUGUGUGUGUGUGCCAUCACAAAUUAAUGCCGAUACAACAGGUUUCAAAUAUGCAAAGUCUUCAGGAGUUUAAUUUAGCAGAGAAAAGAGAAUAGCCAAAAGAAACACGUUUCUGAACUUUGUUGAUGAAGUACUCUGAAGAAACUUUUGUUCUUGUACUACAUUUUUUGAAUGUAUUUGUCUGAUCAAGUCACCUUAAACUGACUGUCUUUGCAGUGCAUUAGUAAAAAUGCAUUAAAGUUAUUACCUUAAAAUCGUUUUUUAUAUAUAUAUUUGUUGCAUUUGAAAAAUAUUGUCCAGUAUUUGUGCUUCUGGAAAGCUUGAUGUACAAGAGCAGGUAAAGAAAUCAGUGUGAUCUAUAACUAUUUUGCAAUAAAAUUGUCAUUAAAUGA